AAGCAGUUUUGAAGAGGACGGCCGUGUUCAUGGAGUCUGAGCGAUUUGGGCUUCAGGAGGGCGAAGAGGAUGAAGACGAGGACCCGGCGACUCAGUACAUGAUUGAACAGAGUCUUCUCGAGAGCAACAAACAGAAGGAGGCUCAGAAACCAAGCUGCGGGCCGGAGAGUGCAGACAGCAGCCCGACCUUCAGCGCCAUAAGACAAGGUGACGAGAAGCUCUUGAAGGAUCUCCUCCUCCGACGCAGGGAGGAGUUUUCCCGGGCGGACGGCCGGGGCUGGACUCCUCUCCACGAAGCGGCGGCUCAGACCAACCAGACCGUCCUGGAGCUCACGCUCAAAGGCUCGGGCUGCGGCUCCCUGGAGAGUCGCACUCGCCGUGGUCAGACUCCUCUGCACCUGGCGGUAGAAGGAGGUCUGAUGGAGAACGCCUCGUUCCUCCUUCAACGCGGCGCCGAGGCGGACAGCGAAGACCAGGACCAGGACACGCCGCUGCUCCUGGCGAUCCGCUCGGGCCGAGCUGACCUGACGAAGCUGCUGCUCCAGCGGGGCUCCGGCGUGAACCGGGGGGGCGGCCGCGGGCGCGGCCCCCUCCACGAGGCCGCGCGGCUGGGUAAGACGGAGCUGGUGAGCCUGCUGCUGGAGGCCGGAGCGCUGACGGACCCUCGGAGCCGCGACGGCCUCACGCCGCUGGCGCUGGCGGCUCAGGCGGGACGCCGUGAAGUGGUGGAGACGCUGCUGAGGAGAGGAGCAGACGUCCUGUCCCAGGCGCAGGACGAGGCCUCCAUCUUGUACGAGGCGUCUUCCUCAGGAGAUCCAGAGGUCGUCGGUCUGCUGCUGGAUUUUGGCGCCGACGCCAACGUGGCGAAACAGACGGGACACCUGCCGCUCCACCGCGUGGCCCACCGGGGACACCUGCAAGCUCUAAAGCUGCUGAUUCCCGUCACUUCUAAGGCCGAAGUUGAGGACAGCGGAAUAAGUCCUCUGCACUCUGCUGCUGCAGGAGGACACCCGGACUGCAUCAAGGCCUUGCUGGACGCAGGUUAUGACCCCAACUACAUGCUCCAUCCCUGGGUCCAGCGGAGCUAUGACGACGAAAGGAAGUCGGCGCUCUUCUUCGCAGUCUUAAAUAACGACGUCCCGUCGGCCAAACUGCUGCUGGAGGCCGGAGCCAUGGCCAACCAGGACCCCAUCAAAUGUCUGCAGAUCUCACUGCGUGUGGGCAACUACGAGCUGAUCAACCUGUUGCUGAGGUUUGGAGCCAACGUCAACUAUUACUGCAGAAUAAACACGACGCACUUCCCAUCGGCGCUGCAGUACGCUCUCAAAGACGAGGUGGUCCUCAGGAUGCUGUGUAACUAUGGUUACGAUGUGGAGCGCUGUUUCGACUGUCCCUACGGCAACGGCUCCCACGUCCCUGAAGACUACGAGGGAUGGAGCAACUCUGUGAUCAAAGACACAAUGUUCUGCGAGGUGAUCACCGUCCGCUGGCUGAAGGACCUCUCUGGUCAGCUGGUCCGCGUCAUGCUGGACUACCUGGACCACGUGCCCCUGUGCUCCAAGCUGAAGGCGGCCGUGAUGGAACAGCGGCAGUGGCCCGACAUCUGCAGGCUGCAAGAAAACGCUCGCCCCCUGCAGCAUCUCUGUCGUCUGCGGAUCCGUCGUUGUCUCGGUCGCCUCCGUCUACGAUCCCCUGUCUUCAUGAGCUUCGUGCCGUUGCCAGGGCGACUGAAGGAUUACGUCAUGUACCGGGAGUACGACCUCUACGGCCGGCAGGGCGGCGUCCGCAGGUGAUGCAGGAGGAGGCCAUUAAGAGAUUAUUAUUAGUUAAAAUACCAAUUAAAAGUUUGCAUUUCCCUUUGAGAAAGACAGCGUGUGAUCUUAAUGUCUGUGAUUGUGUAGCCUAUAUUUGGAUAAUACAUAAAUACAACUAAAAUAGCGAUUGGGAGGAUAAAACCACUGUGAACCAAGAAUUAACGGUCUUAUUUCCAUAAAAGAAUAGAAAAUAACAAUAAAAGAGGGAUGCCCAGAACAACAGAAAUAGUUGCACAUUUGUUUAAGAUUGUCAGAUUGAAUCAUUUGUACUUAUUGAUACGUUCACACAAAUGUGCAAUACGUUAUUUUAUGUUAACUUUAUCCCAAUGUGGUUGUACUGCAAGUAAAGAAUGGAUUAUUUAUUACCCAGCUGCCUUUUUGAGGAUUCUACUAAUGUGAGCAUGCCAGUUUAUAAUCUGAUUUAGAGUUGAUGUUUUCAUCUGUACACAUGACAUCCAUUGAAGUCUGUCCAUCCCGGGCUUUUCGGGACAGAGGAUGUGGCAAGUGUACAGACCGUAAAGCCGUCUGAGGCAAAUUUGUAAUUUGACAUUUUGGGCUAUACAAAAUAAAAUAAAUUGAAAUGUUUUGCCAAUACCAGGAGAUCUGUACUGUCAAAUUUGAAUAUUCUUGUCUCCCAAAAGAUGUUCCUCUAGCGCCACCAUCAGGAAAAAAGCUCCACUUUGUAGACUAAAAAUAUAUAAAAGGAUUAACACAAAAUGUCAGAGUCUUGUCAUUAGGAAUAAGGUGAAUUUAACAGUUGGACAUAAUGUGUCAAAUAAAGGUUCAGACAGGAAUUUCCAUAUUGUAUGAAGUCAAUUCAUUACUGGUUUAAUUUAAUAUAAAUUAAGAGUGAAUACUGAGCCUCUGAACCGACACAAUUCCUGAUUGUCUGAUGAACAAAGAAAUAUUGAUGUUGUCUUUUCAAAACCCUUAAAGUUCAUCAAAUAUUUA